AUGAACGGCGUCCGACGCUUCCUCGGUGGAGGGACCGGGAGCGUAACUUCAACCCCUUCCUCCCAGACUUCUCCGCUUCCACCUUCCACUCCCCCUUCUACGACGAAUCCGCUGAACGUCCCGCCAAAGCCGUCAUGGCCACCCACAUCAUCGCCGCCGCAGAACGGCGCCUCGCUCGAAGACAGCCCGAAGCUGACGACCGCCGCGCUCUUCUUCCGCAAGGACCGGCAGCGGCCGCCGGCCUCCUCCAAGUCGGACGAGGACACGGGGAACUCGUCCUUCCAGUCAUCCCGCGACUCGGUCGACUCUGGCCGGACGUCCACCCAGCCGUCCUCCCCCGUCGCGGGCCCCUCGUCGCCGCGGAUACCCUUGCCCAUGCGCGUGUCGGAGCUCGCGCGGAAGCCAGUGGACGGAGAUGGGCGGCGCUCAUCGACGAUGCUGAGCUCGAAGGACGAUCUGUUGAUGAGUCUGUUGGCGAGCGAGGCGAUCGUGGACAGCAGGGGGUUCGAGGUGUUGAAUGCCGAGGAGGUUGAGGAGCUUAAGAAGGAACAUACCGUGCUAUCGUCGCGGUUAGUCGCCCUCAACAAGAAGCUCACCCUAGAGACCAAGAUACGCGAUGCGGCGCUCUCACUAUCGAAAGCGAACGCGUCAUAUAAGAACGUCAACAAGCAGACUACCGAGCAGCUCGACAAUGCGAAUCGCAAAGUGGAGACCGCACAGAAGGAGCUCUGGCGCGUCUCGGAGCGGGCGGGCGAAAUCAACCGCAGGCUUCUCGAGCACCGCGCGGGCGUCCUCAGCUACUCGCUCCGGAGCAUGGAGAAGAAGAUGGCGCCUCCGGACACCACACCGAACCGGAACUCGCAAAUGAGCCCGACACAGUCGUCGGUCAUGAGCGGACAGUCGACCUCCUCACGAUCGCGGUUCGAUGGCGCGCACUUCUUCGCAGGGCACUCCGAUGCAAUCGUCCCUGGGCCCACACGACAGGGCCCGUCAUCCGCAGAGGUCACCGCGCUACAAGAGCAACUUAAAGCCGCAGAAGCCGCUUUGGAUGCAGCUAACGCGCAGCAGCAGAAACUCACGCGGGAAACAUCGUCAUUACGAGUCGAGCGCGAGCAAAUAGAAACGUCUAUGGGCAUCGAGUUGCGGCAGGCGGAGGAGAUGAUUGCUGCCCUGGAGCGGCAGCUGGCCGACAUGCAGGGUCUGGGAGACCGACUCGCUGCGCUCGAGGAGGAGAAGCAGGCCUGGAUGAAGGACCGGAAGGAGCUGGACGAGCGACGGCGAGAGGUGGACACGCUUGAACGACGUCUGGUAUUGCUGGAGGACCGCGAGGCGCAGUCGCAAAUAUUGCGGGACCAAGGCGCCGCGGACCAACGUAGCGGCGUCGCGGAGAAGGAGAGGGAGAUCGCAGAGCUGAAGGCCCGAAUGGACGCGGAACGUGCGGCGUGGCUCGCCGAGAAGGCGGCGUUGCAGGCGGGCGGGGCGAGUAAGGCGGAACUCGAGCAGGGCGCGGACGCCCUCCAGGAACUCAUGCAGAACCAUGGCAUGCUGGUCUACUCCCGAGACAGAUCUAUCCGCGGCCUUGCGACGUCGAUAGGGAGGCAUGUAGAGGAUCUCAAGGCCAAGGUCGACUCACAUGCCAAGACGCAGGAGGAGUGGAACAUGUCUCGGGUAAAGCUGGAGGAGGACAUACGCACAGGGUUAGACAAGCGGGAAGCCCUCGUCCACGAGAUCGAGGAGGCCCGCAAGGAACGCGAUGCUGCAAAGGCGGAAGCGCGAUCGUUCGAAGCCAGACUUCGAGUAUGUUCCCCACCCGUGCUAUCAACUACUGAGACUCAUUCCGGCAACGGGCCUGUGGUCGAGUACACCGGCGACGCUGCCAAGAUCACCUCUGUCCUUCAGCCACUCUGGACCAUUCUCCCUUCACCAGAGGCGCGUGUUUCUAAGCUCGGCAAGGGGGGCAAGCUUGUGUCGUCACCGACCACCGCCAGCCCAGUACUGACCCGGAGUGGUGCAUCGCUCUCCGAGAUGGACGUCCGCUCGCUUAAGACGCUUUACGACGCCAACUCGUUCCCCUUGUCUGCACGCCCCGGCGCCUCCGAGACCUUCACGGUCGAAGCCUUUGCGAAUCGCGUCCAGGCACUCAUUGCGGACGACCGCGCCCUUAUCGAGAGGCUCAUCCGCUUCGCACAGGCGCACGACUUGCUCAAGAAGAACGCGGAGCGCGCGCAGAAGCUUGCACAAGAGAGCAGCACCGCGCUCGAGACGUACCAGAAGCAAGUCAAGAUACUCGAGGAGCGCAAUAUCUCGAUGAUAUCCAAACAGGCUGCAUACACACAUGCGUCCCACAGCCAAGACGAAAUGCAGAACUUGCAGGAGGCCAUCGAGCGCAUCACCGCCGAGAAAUUGGAGGUCGAGACCCAGGCCGCCGAGCAAGCGGAGACGUGUCGACAGCUUACGGAUGCCAACAACUCGCUCAGCGCACGCGUGCUGAAGCUCGCGGAGGAGGGCGCCAGCACGUCAGAUUCGAUACGAAAGCGGAUGGAGGCGGAGCUCGCGGAAUGCAAGAGCUCACUUUCAAAGGCCCAAGAGGAGAUCGAGACGAUGCGGGUGUCGCAGCAGACACAACAAAUGGCGCUGCUCGAGGAGCUAAACUCCGUGCAGACCGAGAACACAAGCCUCCGCGCACAACUGCGGAAAAAGUGA